GAUGGCAGCGAUGAACAAAAUUGCGAUCUUCCCUGCCCCGAAUCCGACUUCAAAUGCAAAUCCAGCGGACGCUGUAUACUCGAUAGUUGGCGUUGUGAUGGCGAUGCCGACUGUAAGGAUGGCAGUGAUGAAGAUCCGGCUGUGUGUCAUAAGCGCGCCUGCGAUCCGGAAACGGAAUUCAGCUGCAAGAAUGGCCGCUGCAUACCGAAACUGUGGAUGUGCGACUUCGACAAUGAUUGCGGCGAUGAUUCCGACGAGCCAGCCUACAUGUGCCGCCAACGCAACUGCACCACUGGCUGGCAACGCUGCCCCGGUCAAUCGAACUACCGCUGCAUACCGAAGUGGCUCUUCUGUGAUGGCAAAGACGACUGUCGCGACAAUAGCGAUGAGUUGCCAGAGAAUUGCCCGAAAUGCUCAACGGAAACGGACUUCAAGUGCGCCAAUAAUCGCUGCAUACCAAAACAAUGGAUGUGCGACUUCUCGGACGAUUGCGGCGAUGGCAGCGAUGAGAGUGACGCCAUUUGCAAGGGUAAAUAUCGUGAGUGCUCAGAGUCGGAAUUCCACUGCGCUAAUGGCAAAUGCAUUUCGUCGCGUUGGCAGUGCGAUCAUGAGGACGAUUGUGGCGACAACUCUGAUGAGAUGAACUGUGAGGGCUAUCAGUGCAAGAACGGCACCUUCCAGUGCAUGUCUGGUCACUGCAUCGCUUCGUACUUCCGUUGCGAUGGUGAUCGCGAUUGUCGUGAUAUGUCUGAUGAAAUUGAUUGUCCACCACGCUUCCCUGGCGGUCGCUACUGCCCUGAGUCGCGCUUCCAGUGCAACAAUAACCUCUGCGUUUCGCCUUCUGAUCUGUGCGAUGGUACCGACGACUGUGGUGAUGGUUCGGAUGAGGAUGUUAAAGUGUGCACGGACUUUAAUUGUGAUACGUUGCGCCGCUUCCAAUGUGCCAAUCACCGCUGCGUGGCGCGCUAUCAGAUAUGUGAUGGUGUGGACAAUUGUGGUGAUGGUUCCGAUGAGAAUAAUAUGACGCUGUGUGCCAAUAAACAGAAACCAUGUGAUCUUUACACGCAAUAUCAAUGCGCUAAUAAGAAUUGUGUUGAGCGCGCCCAGGUUUGUGAUUACUCCGAUGAUUGCGGCGAUGCUUCGGAUGAGUUAGGUUGUCACCACACCAACACCUGCUCGGAACUGACACGCGGCGGUUGUGAGCAUCAUUGUCACAAUCUGACCGAUGGCGGCUACAUCUGCGCCUGUUAUCCGGGCUAUAUUAUCUCGGCGGAGAACAAGAAGCGCUGCUUGGACGUAAACGAAUGUAUAACGCGCCAACAUACCUGUUCGCAUAUGUGUCAAAACCUCAAUGGCACAUAUUCGUGCUCGUGUCGUGAAGGUUUCCGUUUGGUGGAUAGUCAAUCUGGCGUAUGCAGAGCUGAGAAGGAGGACAUUGUGCUAGUAUUCGCGAACGGACCAGAAAUACGUGGCUUGGAUUUGCAGAAGCGGGAGGAAUUCGAUGUGAUUGCAGCCGAGAAACGCAUCGAAGCUUUGGACUAUGAUGCGCAGCAACAAAUCGUUUUCUGGGCGGACAGCUAUGACAAGACAAUCAAGCGCUCGUACAUGGUGAAUGCCUUGGAUGGACAGGCGAAGAUUGGUUUUGCGCAAGACUUGAAUAUGAAAGGAGGUUCUAAACCGACAGCGGUUGCCAUAGAUUGGCUGGCAUCGAAUCUCUACUGGACUGAAGUGGAUCGCACUGGCUCAAAACCACGUGGUCGCGUUAUGGUUGCCAAAACGGAUGGACGCUACAGACGUUCGAUAGUAAAUGCCGGUCUCGAGGUACCCACAUCCAUUGUAGUGAAUCCACAACUGGGUCGGGCCUACUGGGCUGAUGCCGGUUCAGCGCCGAAGAUUGAAGUUUCUUGGAUGGACGGCUCGAAACGUCGCCCGCUCAUCACGGAGCAAAUACGUCACCCUACUGGCCUUACAAUUGACUAUUCGCAAGAUCAUAUCAUUUAUUGGGUGGAUACAAAAUUGAACACCAUCGAAUCGAUGCGUAACGAUGGCUCGCGCCGCAAGGUGAUAGUAAAGGGCGAUCAGCUGCGUCAUCCCAUCUCUUUGGAUAUCUUCGAAUCCACCAUGUACUGGGUAACGCGAGACUCCGGCGAAGUGAUACGUCAAGAUAAGUUCGGGCGUGGCGUGCAGGUAAUCAUUCAUCGUAACCUCGUCAAUCCGUCCGGUCUGAAGGUCUAUCAUGAGCAACGUUACAAUACUUCGCUACGCAAUCCAUGCUAUGAGUCCAGUUGCUCGCAUUUGUGUCUGCUGGUACCUGGCGGUCAUCGUUGCGCUUGUCCAGAUAAUUCCGGACCACUGCCAUCGCAUCGCAGCACUGCCGAAGUGAUUUGUGACGCUGCAGCGGAGCGACCACGUCCUGCGCCACGUAUUUGCCCAUGCCAGAAUGGCGGUCUAUGCAGCGAAGAUGAACGUGGCGAUUUAUACUGUGAAUGCCAGCCUGACUUCAAGGGCGAGCAUUGUGAUCGCAGUGUAGCCGGCGCAUUCGGUCACGGCGGUGCCAAUGUAACAGCAGUUGUGGUACCGAUAAUGGUGAUACUGCUGGUGUUGCUGACAGCGGGUGGCGCGUGGUAUGUCAUACGGAAGAAGCCAUUCGGUAAAUUGGCGCGUCUACCGACAUUAACAUCAUCACAAAGUGUUACGUUCCGCCAUGGCACAAACGUUGAGUUCAACGCACCUGGUUUUCCGGGUGGCGCUGCGGCGGAUCCAUCCAAUGAUGUACCUCCCAUUGAGGGCUAUAAUCUGCAGACCGUGAAUACGGCUAAAACGCGUGAUUUCUCGAAUCCAAUGUACGAUGCCGUGCAGUCGGGCACCAACAACGAUCCAAGCCUGAGCAAUGGAACAGGUAAACAAGAAGGGAAAAUAAUCUUUUGGC